CAAAUCCAAGUGGAGGAAAAAGAAGAUGAUACUGAGGAAAGUUCAAGUGAAGAGGAAGAGGAGGAGGAAGACAAACUACCUCGAAGAGAGAGCAUGAGACCAAAGAGGAAACGGACCAGAGAUGUCAUCAAUGAAGAUGACCCAGAACCUGAACCAGAGGAUGAAGAAACGAGGAAGGCCAGAGAAAAAGAGAGAAGGAGGAGGAUGAGGAGAGGAGAGGAAGAAGAAGAAGAAAUUGAUGAAGAGGAAUUGGAAAGAUUGAAGGCAGAGUUAGAUGAGAAUAGACAAAUGAUUGCUACUGUCAAAUGCAAGCCUUGGAAAAUGGAAAAGAAAAUUGAAGUUCUCAAGGAAGCAAAAAAAUUUGUGAGUGAAAAUGAAGGGGCUCUUGGGAAAGGAAAAGGAAAACGGUGGUUUGCAUUUAAGAUGAUGAUGGGCAAGAAAUGGGUAAAAUUUCUCCGUGAUUUUGAGAACUUCAAAGCUGCUUGUGUCCCCUGGGAAAAUAAAAUCAAGGCAAUUGAAAGUCAGUUUGGCUCAUCAGUGGCCUCAUACUUCCUCUUCAUGAGAUGGAUGUAUGGAGUAAAUAUGGUUCUCUUUAUCCUGACGUUCAGCCUUAUCAUGUUGCCAGAGUACCUCUGGGGUUUGCCAUAUGGCAGUUUACCUAGGAAAACGGUUCCCAGAGCUGAAGAGGCAUCAGCAGCCAACUUUGGUGUGUUGUAUGACUUCAAUGGAUUGGCUCAAUAUUCCGUCCUCUUUUACGGCUAUUACGACAAUAAACGAACAAUUGGAUGGAUGAAUUUCAGACUGCCGCUAUCCUAUUUUCUGGUGGGGGUCAUGUGCAUUGGAUACAGCUUUCUGGUUGUCCUUAAAGAGAUGACCAAAAAUAUUGGUGAUGAUGGAGGUGGUGACGACAACUCCUUCAACUUCAGCUGGAAGGUGUUCACCAGCUGGGACUACCUGAUUGGCAAUCCUGAAACAGCAGACAACAAAUUCAAUUCUAUCACAAUGAACUUUAAGGAAGCUAUAAUAGAAGAAAGAGCAGCCCAAGCAGAAGAAAACGUCCACUUGAUCAGAUUCCUGAGGUUUCUUGCUAACUUCUUCGUGUUUCUAACACUUGGCGGGAGUGGAUACCUCAUCUUUUGGGCUGUGAAGCGAUCCCAGGAAUUUGCACAGCAAGAUCCUGACACCCUUGGGUGGUGGGAAAAAAAUGAAAUGAACAUGGUCAUGUCCCUCCUGGGGAUGUUCUGUCCAACAUUGUUUGACUUAUUUGCUGAAUUGGAAGACUACCAUCCCCUCAUCGCUCUGAAAUGGCUCCUGGGACGCAUUUUUGCUCUUCUUUUAGGCAACUUGUAUGUAUUUAUUCUUGCCUUGAUGGAUGAGAUUAACAACAAGAUUGAAGAGGAGAAGCUAGUAAAGGCCAAUAUUACCCUAUGGGAAGCCAACAUGAUCAAGGCCUACAAUGCAUCACUCACUGGAAAUACCACUGGGCCACCCUUUUUUGUGCACCCUGCAGAUGUACCUCGAGGACCCUGCUGGGAAACAAUGGUGGGGCAGGAAUUUGUGCGGCUGACCGUUUCUGAUGUUCUGACCACCUACGUCACAAUUCUCAUUGGGGAUUUUCUCCGAGCAUGUUUUGUGAGGUUUUGCAAUUACUGCUGGUGCUGGGAUUUGGAAUAUGGAUAUCCUUCAUACACCGAAUUUGACAUCAGUGGCAAUGUCCUCGCUCUGAUCUUCAAUCAAGGAAUGAUCUGGAUGGGCUCCUUCUUCGCUCCCAGCCUCCCAGGCAUCAAUAUCCUUCGGCUCCACACAUCCAUGUACUUCCAGGGCUGGGCUGUGAUGUGUUGCAACGUUCCUGAGGCGAGGGUCUUCAAAUCUUCCAGAGGGAAUACCUUCUAUCUGGGAAUGCUGUUGCUCAUCCUCUUCCUGUCCACCAUGCCCGUCCUGUACAUGAUCGUGUCCCUCCCACCAUCUUUCGACUGUGGCCCCUUCAGUGGCAAAAAUAGGAUGUUUGAAGUCAUCGGAGAGACACUGGAACAUGAUUUUCCAAGCUGGCUGGCAAAGAUCUUGAGACAGCUUUCUAAUCCUGGAUUAGUUAUUGCUGUUAUUUUGGUUAUGGUUUUGACUAUCUAUUAUCUCAAUUCUACUGCAAAAGGCCAGAAGGCAGCAAAUCUGGAUCUAAAAAAGAAGAUGAAACAGCAAGCUUUGGAGAACAAACUGCGAAACAAGAAAAUGGCAGCUGCACGAGCAGCUGCAGCUGCUGGAGGCCAGUAAUUUUCAUGGAUAUUCUGGAGGCCCAGAAGUGUUCCUCAUCAUACUGUUCAAAACCAGUGACUUAUGUGAAGGCCCAAGUAAAAAAAAAGGAUCUCUACCUUAUUCCAAAUUAGGCAUUUGUUCCUGCACCACCACUUUCUCCCCUGAGCAAGUCCCCUCACAUUUUCUUUAACAAAUUGAGUUUAAAAUUGUGUGUGAUGGAGAAGUAUGGAUUACUGGCUUACUUGUUGGGUUAAUUUAAAAACUUUUUACUCAUAUGGACUUUCAUUUUAUACAUAUCUUCUGCCUUAGUUUUCUUAGCCUGGAAACAGGAAUAUUUCACCUUCUUUUUUCUUCUAAGGUCAGAAAUAUCUUUAUAAAGUAUUCAUUGUAAUCAUUUGUUAACUCACUUUUUUUUUUUGAAAUUAACAUCUUGUUUUCCCUUUUCAUUCUGUCUCCCCAUCCAUGGUACCCACAAAUAUACACCCAAAACCUUU